AUGAGUCAUUAAUUAUCUAAUAUUGAGAAAAUAAAAUAAUAUCUUCAUCUUUAAUAAUAAGUUAAAGAAAUAUUAACAAAAGAAUACAUAAAUUUAUAAAACAAAGAGCAUUUUAAAGUAUUUAUAAAAAUACUUUAAAAGGUAUUAAUUGAUAUUAUGGAAAAACCAGAAAAAAAGAAAGAACAUCGAUGGAAUUAUAGUUCUUAUAAAUAGUGUUUUCAUCAAUAAAAUAUUUUUAAGAAAUGA